CAGCGUGGCAGCAACAAAAUGUAAAAUUUGUUGAUAAAAUUUUAGUUUAAACUCGGCGUGAAUUAUUAUAAUGGGCAGAUGGUGAAGAAUAAGACCCAUAACAGCCAAUUACCUAUAGGAGGAACUACCUGGGGAGAUUCACGUCCCAAGUACUCGUAGUUCCUGCUAUGAAUUUCGUAGCCAGUGAGGUCGAGGUGACAAUGUGGUGAUCCCUCAUGUUUUGUGCGAUUAAGCUUCGACGCCAACGGCCGCCGCCUACCUAACCCCGCCAUGUGCGUGCUUAUCUCGAACAUGUCACCUCCGCGCCAUUCGUUCAGACAAAUUGAAUUUAACCGCUCUCUCGACACCGCUAUGCCAAUAAACAAACAACUCGAACUGUAAAAAUACCCUGCCGCCAAAGAGCCACUGAAGCCCUGCGAAGCAAUGGAUCUCAUCGACCCCACCACCUCCGCCCGCCUCCCUCCCGACUCCAUCCAGCGAAUCCUCUUCCUCUCGCCCACCGUCCACGUCUACAACCCCCCUCCCCCAGCAUCCAGCAAGGGCCACAUCGCCGCAUCAUGGACCUCGCCCGUGUCGCGCCAGAUCUUCACCGCCCGCCUCCGCAUCCUCGAAACCGCGAUACCUACCCCCCAAGGCGGCGAGAAGCUGAAGGCCGAUAUCCUGCUCGAGGACCCGAAGACCGGGGAGCUGUUUGCUGCGGCGCCGUAUACGACACCGGCUGUGGUGGAGCAGGUGGCGGACUCGAGUCGGUUCUUUGCUGUCAGGGUUCAGGACCCUAGUGGGAGGAAAGCGGGGUUGGGAAUUGGGUUUGAGGAGAGGUCGGAUGCUUUCGAUUUCAGUGUUGCGCUGCAGGAGAUUCGCAAGACGCUUGGCCUUGAUGUCGUGGCUGGAGACCCGCGCAGGCCCGCGAAGAAGGAGAGUGAUGCCAGCAAGGUGGAACGCGAUUUCAGCCUGAAGGAAGGGCAGACCAUAACCGUGAAUCUCGGUGGAAAGACAGGCAAGGGCAGGAGAUCUCUUGGCGCACCAUCGAGCAGCGGUGGUAGCGAAGCACCUUUCAGCGGAGGCUUUUCAUUGCCACCACCGCCGAACGCACAGGCGGGAUUUCUACCCCCUCCUCCAAGUGCCCAAGAUGUGAAGGCGCAGAAAAGGCUAAGCCAGACGCAGACUCCGCCUCCACCUGCUUCAAUUGGGGAUCUUGGAUUUGAUGAUGGAGAAUUUGGAGAAUUUCAGUGA